GACGCAAAUCAACGGUGCUGGUCGUGAGUGUGGUUGUGAUGUUUCUGUUACAAUAUCUUUAAAAUCGAUGACAAGUGUGAUCUGUUCGAUAAAAUAUAAGAAAACCAGUGGCUUGAAAUAAAUCUUGUGUGUGAGUGUGUAAUGCAGUGAAACGACGCUCUUUAAACAAUGAACAACUUGGAUGUUGUUAGUGAAAGCCAAGGAAUGCUACUGCCUUCAUACGGUACCACACUUGACUAUCUCCAGAAGCAAUCACAGCAACAGGAUCCACCGUCAGAGAUUAGCUCAGCCAGCACGCCGCCAGUAAGCUACUUCCAGCAGUUCUUUUACCCUGCCGACGGUGAUCCAGCGCCGUCGCGUGCUCUUCGUCCAAGGGAGUUUCCAAGUCCCCUGGACCUUUCACUGCGUCCGACGAAUGUGCCGAUGACGCCUCCUUCGACACCGUCUCCACCAAGAAAACGGUUAAAGUCGUUCGACGAAUCAACGGCCGUGAUACCCACUGCCGUGCGCGCCUCAACGGAUAGCUGGCGAAGCGCUAGGAAUCAGUUCUCGGACACAGUGUGCAUCGAUGACAAGCGUUACUACGCCAACACGACUCUGAGUGAGCGUGAACAUCGUGCGGAAGUGUUUCAGUACUUCGAUGACAGUGCACGGUCGGUUCCGUUCAAGUAUCCUUCAGUCGAUGGUGUCAGGGCUGACGAUGGGGAGCCUCCAUUCGCGAAAGAAGGUGCAGAUCGUUCCCGAGCCAAGGGGGAUGAAUUUAUUGAUAUUACAGGAGGUACCGAACAACAGACCGAAGAUCACUUGGACGAUCACGAUGAGCGAUCGACGAGAGAUAAAUCGGAUUGUUCCAAUAUCGACGUAGAGUCGCUGGAUAAUGAUGAAGACGAUAGUAAAGAAUCGAUCAACAUUGUAGACAGUGAGGAAAAGGAAGUCGAUGGCGCUGCUGUGCUAAACGAGGGUCAGCGCUACUUUGCAGACGAGCGACUCCAUCUGCAAGCCAUUGAAGGAUUUGCACGGCUCUUCGAACGUAGCUUUCCUUCGACUAGUACGAAGAAAUCGAAUGCCUCGUCAGGUGCUGGGUCAGGUCCACGCAUCUCAACGUCCAAGAGCGAACGGCGCCGUACGAAGGCACGACGCCAAGGUGCGAUAGACGAGGACAACACAAGCCCUGUGUCCGGUACGAUCAUCCGUAAGCUGCAGGAUGGUGAGGAACUGGUCGUACGCAAGGGUGACAUCGAUCCAGCGUUCAAUGUGGUCGAGAUUACGGAUGAAGCAAAGGAGAUCCUCUCGAAGAUUGACAACAAGAUCGGCUCUUACCUGUGUCAAUUGUGCCGUGCGCUGUACGACGAUGCGUUCGGUUUGGCACAGCAUCGCUGUUCGCGCAUCGUCCACAUUGAGUAUCGGUGUUCCGAGUGUGACAAAGUGUUCAACUGUCCAGCCAACCUGGCAUCGCAUAAGCGCUGGCACAAACCGCGUGGAAUGUCCGCGGAAGGAAGAAAAGGUGGUUCAAAAACUGCUGCCGUGCGACAGGCAGAGCGCAGUAGUGAGGAUGAACCGAUAGAAAUACUGGACAACUCGAACGAUAAUCAUCAGCCGGUGCCGGUGUUACCAACUGCAACGACAACCGAAGAAGAAUCUUAUUCCUGUGGCCAGUGUGGAAAAACAUUCCGAAGACAAAGUUACCUAAAGAAGCAUGCCGUUUCGCACCAGAUGGAACCAGCCCUCUUGCGGAACAUGGAUGUACGACCUAUCACUUUCAACAGUGACACGUUCAGUACAUCCGCUUCCGGUAGUUCAUCAGGUGCGACACCUCUAGGAGCUACAUUUCCCGCUGGCCAUCACUUGCUGUCUAAUCCUGGACCGCCGGCUAGUUGCUUUGCGGCAGCGUUCGACAAGUUGGCGCGCCCACUUGCUGCACCGACUUCCGCCUCCGCUCUUUUUCCGUUUGCCGCCUGUUACGGUAGUAUGGCCACACUGGCGGUUGGGGGCGUUGCCGGUGCCGGGGUGGGUGGUAAUGUAGCUCCGAAUGUAGCGCACUAUAGCGAGCUUGAGAAACGUCGCUGGCAGUCGCUUGGCGAGCUGUAUCUUCAGCAACGCGAGCGUCUGUCUGCGUUCCAGUACGUGAGGCAGCAUCAGUACGAAGAUUACUUGAAAUGCUUUCAACCUUUCCAGUUCGCGCGUGACAAAACCUGACCCAACAUCCUGCGGCCAGUACCACGGAUGGCCGCUGCUCCCCUUUGGCCAACAGCACACCCAAAUCCACUUCCUGUUACCACCACCACAACACACAGUGCAACAGUCACAACCCAACCUGCUCCACCACCACCACCACCACUAACUUCUUCACAUCAACCGAAUGCCGUCACAAAUUCCCUCAACAUGAACAUCCCUUCCUCCAUCCAUCAAUCCUCUGCCCUAGCAAAUGAUCAUAUCCCAAGCACGGUCAGCCAACCGAACUCGGCCCUGGCGUCGGUGUUUGGGGCGAUGCAGCAACAAAUACCAGCCGCAGGGUCAGUACAACCGCCCCAGCCACUGCCACCAUCGUUUUCCCCAGCACGGACAAUUCUGCAACAUAUCCAGCAACAACCGACGGCAUUUAGAAGUGAAUGAACCCGUCGGCUUUGCGUCUGCUACUUCCGACUAGUCUAGUGUCACAACCUGAUAAGAUGGGAAAUUAUCGUUAUUAGCCAAUAAAUAGAGUCUGUUUUGUAGUUUUAAUAAUUUGUCCCCUUUUAAAACAAAACAGCGAAUGAUUUCCUUCUAAAAUGGCUGCUCGUCCAGUUUCCGGCCACGCUGCGAAUCAAAUCGAUGGCUAUCAUUCGAAACAGCAUGACUAAAUAAACACAACAGUACUAAAACAAAGUGGCGUUUACCUUGCUUACCUUCGUUCAUGGGACAGUCUUAAUCCAAUAUCAACAUAUUCUUAACCUGUCAAGCACAACAGAAGAAACAAUCGCACACCGAACACCCAAGACGCACACCGGACACACAGUCAACCAACCCUUAGUGAUUUGUCAUUCAAUUUCCGGUCAGCGAUGAAACUGGUUUCAUGUUCCCGGGCCGGACAAAAAGGUACACCCGCACGGUGGUCGAUGUGCAGUUCAACGGAUAUCGAUUCGUGAUUGACAUUUUUGCUGCCUUGUGACCACACACACGACCAGUUGCGUAUUUUUUGUUGGGGAGGGAGACACCGGACAACCAAGCGACCAAGGGACCGGACCUCACUGUUUAGUGAUUUGAUUCGAGCGUUUUAGCUGUUUGUUUUAUACUGAUUGCUCGAUUCGGAUACUUUUCGGAAGGGAAACUAGUUUUCUGAUGCCGCUGCAAACAGACAGCAUGAAACAGGAAGCAAAAAAGAGUGGAGGAAGUCGGCGUACGGGUGUCACCGAGAGAAAUCAAAUAUUUAUCGUACAUUAGACGCCCUAGGGAGAAUGGUGUGCUACACGUGAAUGGUAUGUCUAUUCAAAGGAAAACGUCUUGCAGGACGAGGCUUGGAACACAGGUACGGUAAUCGGAACAUGUCUUUGAAGAAGGUUUUGCUGCGGUUCGGUAAGUAACGUGGGAAGGAUCUCCUGCUUCUUGCUUUGUUCGGUUGGUGAUCGUGAUGCGGUUGAAGAUGGGGUGGGAAGAAAGGUGGGUAGAAAUCAAAUCACGAACAAAUUGGCUUUUAUAAUGCAUUUCCUAUUCAUCACUGUGCUUCCCGUUAGCGUAAGUGCUGGAAUGAAGUGGGUGAUAAUCAACGAUGAUGAAAUAACUUUGGAUAAAAAAGAGAAAAAAGAAAAAAAAAAUGAAAGCAUCAUAAGUUAAUAAUACUUAAAAACUACGACUGUUACAAUGCCUGUCGACUUUUUUUGUAAUUUUUACAUUUUAAAACAAACACUAUUUUCCUUGUUUUUUUUUUCUUCCAAUUUUACU